CCGUGCAGAUUUUUGGAAGCCGGAGGCCGAAGUCGGGGCUGGUCAAGCCACCCGACGAAGAUGGAGUACGAGAACAAACUCGUACUUGCUCCAAUGGUUCGAGUUGGCACUCUGCCAUUUAGAUUACUAGCUGCUCAAUAUGGUGCAGAUAUUACUUACGGUGAGGAAAUUAUUGAUCACAAGCUUGUCAAGUGUGAGCGCCGAUUCAAUGAAAUCAUUGGAUCCACUGAUUUUGUGGAGAAGGGAACACAGAGUGUUGUUUUCAGCACCUGCAAUGAAGAAAAGGACAGGGUUGUCUGUCAAUUAGGAACGUCUGAUGCUGUGAGGGCCCUGAAAGCUGCUCAACUAGUGUGUAAUGAUGUUGCUGCAGUAGAUAUCAACAUGGGUUGCCCGAAGUCAUUUUCUGUCAGUGGGGGAAUGGGUGCUGCUUUGUUGACCAAGCCAGAAGUUAUCCAUGAUAUCUUAACAACAUUGAAGAGGAACUUGAGCAUUCCAGUGACAUGUAAGAUUCGACUUCUAAAGUCACCUAAUGACACGGUGGAAUUAGCAAGGCGAAUUGAGAAGACCGGUGUUUCAGCUGUUGCCGUCCAUGGGAGAAAAGUUCCAGAUAGACCUAGAGAUCCUGCUAAGUGGAAUGAAAUUGCUGAUGUUGUAUCAGCACUAUCUAUUCCAGUUAUAGCAAACGGAGAUGUCUUCGAGUACAAUGAUUUUAAACGCAUCAAAUCUGCUACAGGUGCAUCGUCUGUGAUGGUUGCCAGAGGGGCACUCUGGAAUGCUUCGGUAUUUUCACCUGAAGGCAAAGUUUCUUGUGAAGAAGUGAAAAGAGAAUAUAUUAGGAAGUGCAUCUUAUGGGAUAAUGAUGUUAAAAGCACAAAGCAUACAUUAAAGGAAAUAAUAAUGCAUUAUUCCUGCCUUGAACUUCCGGAGGGGAAGGCUGUGAUCAAAUCAGAGUCCCUGGCAGAUCUAGCGCGACUCUACGGGGAGGAAGACUACUAUCAAUUUGUCAACAAGACCAGAAUCAGUGCUGAUGGGCAUAGAUAACGUUGGCCUCGUGUUUCAGAAGUUGUAUUAUUAUUCUUUGGUUGGAAAGAAGGAAAAUCUCUUACUAGAAAACAUGAACAGAAAUGCAACCAACCAACCGAUUAGGCAUUUAAAAUGCCGUUAUUAUUAUUAUUAUUUUUUUCGUGUAAGCUGAUGUUGUUUUAGCUGCCUGAAUUACUGAGAGCCAUAUAGAAGUGGUAACAUGUUAUAUUUUUUAUUAAAAAAA